GGUUUGCAUCGAGGCGGGUAUUGUGUAGAUAUAUCAUCCCGAGCAGAGGAUGUUUGUAGCAUACGUGUAGCAUGUUAUCAAUGCAUUGUGACAAGCAUCGUACAUUUCCAUUCACUGCAACGCUUUUCCAUUCCAUCAAUUCAAUCUAGAAGCACGUGCCCAACCCCACCAAGUCAAUCUGCUCCUUCCUUUGAUCAUCAUCGAAAAAUCCCACCGCACGGCUUCACCCGCGGAUUUUUUUCUUUUCGGGCAGCGGAAUCGGCGGCGCAGAACCUCAUCACUUGGCGUCCCCAUUUCCACCCAAUCAUCUUGCCCCGAUUUUAAAGGUACUGUAUCUCGGAUCUUUCUUCUCUCCCGCCCUCCAUGCCCUCGUGGUUUGGUAAGAAGUCUUCUUCCUCUAUAGACAAACGACUCGACACGCCGCCUCGCAGUCCUACGAAAGAGAAGCACGGCCUUCCUUUUUCUUCACCUCCGACUUCGCCCAGCGGGAAAGGCAAGGGCUACUUUGUGCGGGAACAAGAGGGCACACGAUCGAAUCUUAGCGGCAAAGGGAAAGACUCCAGUCGUCGCCCUACGACUCGUCGACGAAGUCGCACACGCACUUCCCAUUCGCAAGAACAUCCGCUCAAUUUGCCCCCCGAGCAGCGGGAUUUGCAACGGGUCAGGGCUGCGUUUGCUGCUGGGAUGAUGGACGGCGAGAGCAGUCCGGUGGAGCAGAAUGGGGACGUUCACGCGGGUGAGGGGAUGGAGAGUACGCCUGUGCCGGAGGAGAAGGAGCAGCAGCAACAGCAGGAGCAAGAGCAGGAGCCAACCGCAGUGAAUGGAGAUGGAGAGCAGAGUACUGCGCCUACUCCGCCGUUACAUCGCACGCCUACGACGCAAUCGGAGGCUCCGAAGGAGGUCGUUGAUCCUGAGGCUUGCAAGGCUGCGGGGAACAAGUUUUACAAGGCCGCGCAGUAUAAACAGGCUAUCGAGGAAUAUACGAAAGCCAUCGAAGCCAGCCCGUCAACGUCUACCUACCUCUCCAACCGAGCGGCCGCUUAUAUGGCUGCGAAUCGAUACGCCGAAGCCCUCGAAGACUGCAAGAGCGCCGACGAGCUGGAGCCGAACAACACAAAAGUGCUGCAUCGGUUGGCAAAAGUCUAUACGGCACUCGGACGACCACAGGAAGCGUUGGAUGUAUAUGGACGGAUCGAUCCCCCGGCAACGGCAAAGGACAAGGCCCCGGCGUUGAAUAUGGCUCAUCACAUUUCCCAGGCGCAGGACAGUUUACAGAGCAGUACUUCAGGAUCGAUGGUUCUCCACGCCAUUGAUCAAGCAGAAAAGGGACUGGGAUACGCUGUGACGCCGCCGCGGAAGUGGAGGUUGAUGCGGGGCGAGGCAUAUCUGAAGAUGGGCUCGGUGAACAGCCUGGGAGACGCGCAGAACAUCGCCAUGUCACUCCUACGAAACAACAGCGCCGACCCUGAGGCACUAGUACUCCGAGGGCGAGCGCUCUACGCGCAAGGCGACAACGAAAAGGCCAUCACCCACUUCCGCAAAGCGCUGGAGUGCGACCCGGACUUCAAAGACGCCGUCAAGUACCUGCGCAUGGUGCAGAAGCUGGACCGCAUGAAGGAGCAAGGCAACGACCACUUCAAGCACGCGCGCUACCAGCCCGCCGUCGAAAUCUACACCUCGGCCCUCGAAGUCGACCCGCUGAACAAAGGCACCAACUCGAAAAUCCUCAACAACCGCGCCAUGUGCCACACCCGGCUGAAGCAGUACGAUCAGGCGAUCAAGGACUGCGACCAAGCCAUCCAGCUCGACCCAAGCUACACCAAAGCGCGCAAAACGCGCGCCAAAGCGCUCGGCGAAAGCGGCGACUGGGAAGAGGCCGUGCGCGCCCUCAAAGCCAUCCAAGAGCAAUCGCCCGAAGAGCCGGGCAUCGCGAAAGAAAUCCGCAACGCGGAGCUCGAGGUCAAGAAGAGCAAGCGCAAGGACUACUACAAAAUCCUGGACAUUGAAAAGCACGCCUCCGACCACGAGAUCAAGCGCGCCUACCGCAAAUUGGCGGUCAAGCACCACCCGGACAAAAACCCCGACGACCCGGAGGCCGAGGGCCGCUUCAAGGAUUUGCAAGAGGCGCACGAGACGCUUUCCGACCCGGAGAAGCGCGAGCGCUACGAUUCCGGCGCGGACUUGAUGGAUCCCAUGGAGGGUUUCGGGGGCGGGGGGUUCGGGCAUGGAUUUGGCGGCGGCGGGUUCGGCGGCGGGGGAGGCGUGCAGAUUGAUCCCGAGAUGCUGUUUAAUAUGAUGGGCGGCGGCGGGGGCGGGCGUGGUGGUGGGGGGGGCGGGUUUCCUUUUGGCUGA